ACAGCUGUGCAGAGGGGGAGAGAUCCCGGAGGAGACGAAGGCGCCCUCUCUCCGUCCCUGCACGGGGGUUGAUGCCUCAGCGAUUGAACGCUCCCUCCCGGCACACCAGAUCUUGCCCGCCUUCUUCCUCCCCGCCGAGGGAACACCGUCAGCCCCACACCCCCCCGUAGCUCCCGUUGUCAUUGCUCUUUCCCCCUUAGGGAAAGCGAGAGAGUCUCCUCAUGGAUAACAGGCUUCCUGCUGCUGGGGAAGGAGCCUUGGCCCUUCAGCGCCCAGCUCCUUGCGACCUGCUAGUCCCGGCUACUCGAGACUGAACCGCUGGCUCGCUUGGGAAGGAUUCCGCAGCGCUGGAGGGGAAGACAGCCGCUUCCUUGUUCCUCCCCACCUCCUCUGACCCUUCUCCGGUUCGGCUCUUCUAUCAUGGACAGUAUCCUGGAGCCCUUCCAGUCCGAGCGCCUCUUCUCCGGAGGCGCUUCCAGCUUUCUAGACCUGGGCGAUUUAAACGAAGCGGAUUUUCUCAACAAUGUGCAUUUCUCCGAGAGCUUUGAUCAUUUCUCAGAGAACAUGGAAGAUUUUUCCAAUGAACUAUUCAACAGUUUUUUUGAUGACCCCGUUCUGGCAGAAAAGAACCCACUGCUGGACAUGGAUCUGGAUCCUCCCACUCCUGGCAUCCAAGCAGAACACAGCUAUUCUCUCAGUGGAGACUCUGCUCCCCAGAGCCCCCUCAUGCCAGUCAAGACAGAAGAGAAUGCCAAUGACUUGGAAAGUGGUCUGUGGUCCCUCCAGCAUAAACUGUGUUCUAUCAUGGUGAAGCAGGAACAGCACAUGGCAACAGAACUUCCUGAGACUCAGCUGGCAACGAACUCAGUGCCCAUGUUGAAUCUUAACCCACUGCAGAGGUUGCCGGCCUCUGAAGAGGCUUCCAUAGAAAUGGCUCCCCAACCUGUAAUCAAAGCUGAACCCAGAGAGGUGAAUCAGUUUCUGAAUGUACCAACAGAUGACCUGGUGCAGAUGCCUCCUACUCCUCCCAGCAGCCAUGGCAGUGACAGUGAUGGUUCUCAGAGCCCAAGAUCCCUGCCUCCCUCCAGCCCAGUCCAUCCUGCUGCUCGUUCUUCUACAGCAAUCUCCUCUUCUCCUCUCCUCACAGCACCACAUAAGUUACAAGGGACAUCGGGACCUCUGCUCCUAACGGAGGAGGAGAAACGUACCCUUAUUGCUGAGGGUUAUCCUAUCCCAACCAAGCUGCCUCUCACCAAAGCAGAGGAGAAAGCAUUGAAGAGAGUCAGGCGAAAGAUCAAGAACAAGAUUUCUGCACAAGAGAGUCGUAGGAAGAAGAAAGAAUAUGUGGAGUGUCUGGAGAAAAAGGUUGAAACUUAUACGUCUGAGAACAAUGAACUGUGGAAAAAAGUGGAGACUUUGGAAAAUGCAAAUAGGACACUGCUCCAACAAUUACAAAAGCUGCAAUCUCUGGUAGCAGGGAAAGUUUCUAGGCCAUACAAAAUGGCUUCCACACAAACAGGGACCUGCCUGAUGGUCCUGGUUUUGUGCUUUGUUCUGGUACUGGGCUCCAUGAUGCCAUGUCUCUCAGAGUUCUCUGCAACAUCGCAGACAGUAAAAAUAGCUUCAGAUAUUUACACAACCAGCAAAAUUCAGUCCCGGAGCCUCCUGUUCUAUGAUGAGCCAGAAGGCUCCUUAGAAGACAGCUACAGCUCAUUCCUCUCUGUGGAGCAUCCUGAAAACUGGGAGGCUGACAAAGGGCAAGGUGAAGGAUGGCAGCCUCAGGAGCACGCGCACAGUCCCCUGGCUAUGGCCCAUGAAACAGCCAAAUACCUGAGCAAUCCCCACCUGGAGGGUCCAGACCAGAACCAAACCAACUCAGCUCUCACUCACCCUGAGGACCCAUUCUAUAAGAGAGAGAGAAGCUCCAGUGAUACAGCUGAAUACUUGUAGCAGCUGCCAGUUCUCAGGGCCUUGCCUGUCUGGAUGUAGGAUUCUUUCCUGGCUGAGUUAUUAGGGGACUAAGUGAGAGAGGAUACUCCCAUUUAGACAAGUUCAGCCUGGCCUUUUGUUAAACCUCUUUCUUCUUUCUCACUUGCUCCCUGUACCACACACUGAUCUUUCUGUCAGGACUCACAGUGAUCACCACCAUCAGGGAUAUUGCUUGGCAACAGACAGAAGGCCCAGCCCUCUCAUUCCUUCCUGCCAUCUGAUCACCAUGGCCACCAGCUGUGUUCUUUCCACUCUUAGCAAUCUGCCACCAAACUUAUCAA